UACAUAUAAGAGGUGAUCUUUCUCUUCCUCAGCGCCUCCACACAGGACAACUAAAGCUCCAGGUUGACACUCCGGGGGAAGAGGAGAGGCAUCAUCUCAUCAUCUCCACCAUGAAGACGCUGGCUGUGUCUGCACUUGUCUGUGCCCUGAUGGCUCUGACCAGAGCUGCUGCUUUUCCAGGACCAAAGGCUGCAAAUGAUCAAGCAGCAAAGACUAACCUGGUCAAGAGGUCGGCCUGUUCUGGGCGUUGGUCUGAGUUCAACGGUCGCUGUUUCCACUACGUUCCGAGACCCAUGACCUGGGCCAAAGCCGAGAAAAACUGUUUGUCCAUGGGUGGAAACCUUGCAUCCGUCCAUGACGUCACGGAGUACCAUGAGAUUCAGAGGCUGAUAAUGAGCGCCAGUUAUGAGUAUAAAGAAACAUGGAUCGGAGGCUCUGAUGCACAGGAGGAGAACCAGUGGUUCUGGAGUGAUGGUUCACCUUUCAACUACUUGAACUGGUGCGGUGGCGAGCCGAACAACGCUGGCGGCAACCAGCACUGUUUACAAGUUAAUCAUGGAGCUGAAAAGUGCUGGGAUGACUAUCAGUGCAGCACUCGAAAACCAUCUGUCUGUGUCAAGAAAGCCUGAUGAAUCCUGGGCUGACAUGGGGACAUGAAGACACAGCGUCUGUCUUUACAUCAUCACUCUCAUUUACCGCCUGUCUGACUUGACAUCCUUAUUUCUGUUCUAUCGCCGCAAUUCAACUGAGGAAACAAAGCAACAAGUGACACAAACAUGAGCUGGAUUGUGUCUUUGAAUUUAUGCCUGUAAUAAGAGAAGUUUGAAAUUUGCUUUUAGCACAGACUCACAUACAUUCUGGGGUGAACUGAUCCUUCUUUGCGCAAGAAUAAAAGGCUCAAGCAUUGAAAUAA